CCCAUGUCUUCGCCAAAUCUCUUGUCUAUCUUGUAUCAUCAUGCAUGUCAUGCACCCAGCUCGGACUUCUUGAUUGAGGAUUUGAACCUCUCGUUGACAUACCGGGAGGCCUAUACCCUGAUUUCCAUCCUUGUUCCUGAAAGGAUUCAGCAACUCACAGCUGCGGACAAAUCAGUAGGAUUGCGGGUGGCAUUAUUGACCCGUAACAAUGUGAUGUUACCUCUUGUAACAUUGGCACUGUGGUACACUGGAUCAGCUUCAAUUCCUUUGAGCACUGCAGCAGAGCCGUUCAUGUGGGCGGGGAUGAUCAACCUCACAAAACCAGAUCUAAUCUUGGUGGAGCACAACCUUAUGCCAAGCUUACAGAACACUUUGGCGGAACAUUCCUCAUAUAUGAUCUGGCAACCACUUGUGCUUGACAUUGCUGCCAUCUUACCAUCCAACCUCUAUAUGCAUUAUCGAACUCAGCUUUUGCCUCUCAUUGAUAUCUGCCAUCAGUGGCUAAAAGAAUCGGGAAUAUCUCAUUCUACUCUCAUUUCACCUGAUCCUACCAAUAAAUACACGGCUCUUACAUUAUUUACGAGCUCCGCUGUGACAUGGGAAGGGUUGAAGUGUGUUUCAUAUACACAAGAAAUGCUGUUUCUCUCCUCAUGCCAAACAGUACUCAUGCUUGGUGGCUCAAAGUAUAGCGGUAAGCCUAAAAGGCAUCUUGGUUGGCUGCCACUUUCACAUUGUUUUGAAUUUUGCAUCACCUUUUGUGGAAUCAUCAUUCCUAGUGGUGGAAGUUAUAUUUUCUUUAAUCCUUCUUUAAUUUCAAGCAAAACUACCCCGGCCCUUGCAAGAUCACUAUUGGAUGGGUUAAAACACCACUCACCCGUAACAUCUUUCACAACCAUGCCUGCAAUACUCUUGGAUAUGACAUCCAUCUGUACCGUUGAUGACAUAGGAGUUCUUCAAGCCCUGGCUUCCCUGGGGGUUGGAGGGGCAGCAACUUCAGAAUCUGUCUUUCAAUGGGCUAUCAGCAACAACAUAUCACUCUUUGAUUGUUCAGGGGCUACAGAAGCAGUUGGAACCAUUUGCAUCAGAUUCACCAAUGUUAUUGAGCAAAGGGAUAAUGGAAUGGAGCUUAUUCAAGGACUUUCAGGUACACUGAAAAAAUCAGCAGAAACAGACGACUUUGGUGAACUUGUGAUCAGUGGACCGUAUUUACCAUCCGGGUAUGAUUAUAAAGAGAACAUUGGUUUCCAGUAUGAGCCUACUUCAUUGGUCACACUAUAUUACACUGGUGAUUUGUACUUCCAUAAAACUGAGAGAAAGCUCUCAAAUCAUCAAACUAACAAGGAGCUAGUCAGUGCCUUAGGCCCACUAUCAGGUUUAAGGUAUCUUGGCCGUGUAGAUGAUGUGAUAGUCUUAUCCUCUGGUAUCAAGGUGGAGGCUCUUGAACGAGAGAAGGAGUUCGAUACAGUUCCUGGAGUGCAAAAAUCCGCACUACUUGCAGACCAGGGUGGGAAUGUCUUGAUAGUACUGGUGCAGCUUACUGGGGGAAUCUCAACAUGGCCUGCUGUACACAGGAAAUUGCUUGCUUUAAAUGUGCAAUACCCCUAUGGGAAAAGGGUAGCACAGGAUAAGUUCUAUCCUGUGGCAAAUCUUCCACUCACAGCCAAAUAUACCCUGAAUCGAAAAAGGCUCAAACAUCUAUUCAAAGAUGUUUCUGAAGGGGAGACCAAUAUUCAACUUAUUUUUCCACCACCCAAAGCCCCCCCAAAACUGUCUGCUUUCUCUUCUUCCAUGCUGCGGUCGCAUGUCCCGCACUCAGAAAAGGAUAGGAUUAAGUCUCAACAGCAUUACGGGACAGUAAUCACUAUUCUUUCACAAAUCUUGUCAGUUCCCAAAGAUGUCAUUGAAGACCCUGCCAGUGACUUCAUGAACCUACCAUUCUCAUCCACUAUUGCUAUACAAAUAUCCAAGGCUCUCAUGGAUGAGUUCCAUGUUCAUAUCCUUCCAUCAAGGCUUUAUGAAGUUACCAAUGUAGAGGCACUCUGCAACUUACUUGAAUCAGAAGACCCCUAUGUUCCACAACAGAGUGAUUUGAUAAUGGGACAAAGCUCUGAUCAUGCACCUAUUGUAAUCAGUGGGGCCUCUUGUUGCUUUCCUGGUGAAAUCAAUUCACUGGACUCAUUUUGGGAUGCCUUAAUGAAUCCUAGGGCAUUCAGGAACUCUUGUUCCCAGAUUAGACCAUCAUCUCGCUGGCCACACAAUCACCCACGUGAAUCAAAAAUGUAUCCAUCUGGGUGGUUGGGAGGUGCAUGGACAGAUAAUGUCCUAUCAUUUGCUCAAUUUUUUUCCAUCCCCCCAACGGAGGCUUAUCUCAUGAGUCCAAAUGCUCGAAUAGCUCUCCAGCUAGGCUACCAAGCCAUUGAAGAUGCGGGAAUCCCUCCAAAGUCACUUAGUGGCAAGAGCUGGGGUGUCUUCACAUCUGUAAAUGAAUCCGGUUGGCCAGAGAAAAAUCUUCAAGAAAUUGAAGAUGGAACAGAGUUUCCCACAGUAUUGCAUGGCUCAGCAGCACAUGCUGUUGGAGCUAGAUUGUCUUACUUUCUCAAUUUGACUGGACCUGCUAUAGGGAUUCAAUCAGCUUGUUCAAGUAGUGCAAUCGCUCUUCAUCAAGCUCGCCUUGCUAUUGAAAAUGGAGACUGUGAAGCUGCGAUUGUGAUUGCAACCACUACACAUUAUCAUCCAACCUCAGCACUUAUGCGCUCAUCAUUAGGAGUGGUCUCACCUCGUGGGAUAUGUGAGCCAUUUAUGAGUUCAGCAGAUGGCUUUGUGGCCAGUGAGGGUGCUGCCGCAAUUGUCAUACAACGGCAGAAAAGUGCUCGUGCUCUCCCUUAUGCAGCUUUAGUGACAUCUGUAGUCUCUCAAGAUGGGAAAUCACGGGGAUUUUUCGCACCUAAUCCAGUCGCUCAAAAGCGGUUAUUGAACUCUGCUUUAACAGCAGCAAAUUGUAGUAUAAAUGAUAUACAACUCCUGGAAGCUCAUGGUACUGGAACUGUGCUUGGAGAUGCAAUUGAGCUAGAAGCUAUUAAUGAUGUCCUAGGAAGCACCAGAAAUGGAGUCCUGUAUAUUGGAUCUUCUAAGGCUGUGAUUGGUCAUACUGAAGAGUGUGCAGGGCUAGCAGGUAUCCUAAAAUGCCUGCUUUGUCUUCAAAAUAACAUCAUCCCCCCUCAACCAAUAUCAGGGCCCUUAAAUGCGGUCAUUGAGCAGUUUCCUGAUAGUAUCAUCAUUCCUUCUAGGGCUGUUCCUCUCCCCCCAACAAAAUGGCCAAGAUUUUGCUCCGUUUCCUCUUUUGGGUUGUCUGGCACUUUGGCAAAUGUUAUUAUUUCCGACUGCUCAUAUGCUCCAAAAGCGCAUUCACUUCCCAUUCGAAAUUUGCCAAUAUUUGCUGUCACGGCAUGUAAUCCACGUGAUUUUCAUGCUCUAUGUGAGAGUUAUAUCAAGUUCUUUGAGAAAACACCUGUUUCCUCUUCCUUAGUGGCACCUUUCUGUCAAGUCACACUUACAGGAAGAGACCAUCACGCCAUUAGAGCUGCUUGGCAUGUGCAGAAUCAUACACAGAUCUUGAGCAAUCUCAGGCAGGCUAGGUUGAACCCUCCACCAUCUCCAAUAUCUCUAAAGCCACGGAUCGGCAUUUGGUUUGGAGCCCCCUCAAGUAGUUUGCAAUACAAAGACAAUUAUCAUCCAGAAAUCAAGCUGCAUUUGGAUAAGCUUAUGCAGUACAAUUGGUUACCUUGUUACAAUGAGAUCAGAAGUCAGUUGGCAUUUGCUAUGUGUCUUCAAAGCAUAGGUUGUCAUAUAUCUGUCUCUGGUGGGGAGGGUAUGGGAGAAUAUCUGGCCGCUAUGUUAUCAGGUCUACUGCCUUUCCAAUCUGCUUUUCAGCUGCUAGGGGAGCCACAUGAUACGAAAUGGGUGGUUGUGGAAACUGAUUUAUCGGUCCUUAAUCAACAUAUCUCUGCUUGGAAAUAUAGUGACUUGUCAAUUGCAGGUCAUCUUUCACCUAGGACUUUCCUCGUGCAUGGUAUUUUUCAGGCUGUUGAUGCAUUGGUCAAUGAUCCUGCUGUGGUCUACUCCAGCAAUAUUCCGCCACUUACAGUUUUGAAUACCACAACUGCCUUGCAGGAUUCUGAGUUUGGUCUGAUUUCUGGACACUUCGGCAGUCUACUUGAUGAUGACCUCAAGACAGACUAUCACUAUUGGAAAGAUGUUCAACAUCGUUCCAUUGACACUGCAAUGGCACUGAAUUCCAUGUCGGAUCAUUGUGACUUUAUUGUCCAUUUCACAGGAAAGCCUUCUGUAGAAGAGCAGGGAUCUGUGCUAUGUGUAUCCGAUACCAGGGACUUAGCACCUGUCCUACCACAUCUAUUCACCAAAGGCUUUCAAAUAGAUUGGAGUGUUUUUUCAGACUCUCAAGCACAUCUGCACCUACCAUUGUAUACCUGGGCAGAAGAUGAAGCAUAG